AUGGCUGGUGUGUUGAAGAAUACCGCUGCUUCCGAAGCGUGUGAAAAACUAUACCUCAACGAAGAAUUUGCUGAUGUUCAUUUUGUGUUCAACGUCGAUGAUGAGGGUGAAAAGGUUCCGGCAAACAAAGCCAUUUUAGCGGCUCUCAGCCCAGUAUUCAAAGCGAUGUUCUUUGGGUCGUUGAAAGAGGGAAACGAAGUUCCAAUUAAAGAUGCAGAUGCCGACGCAUUCAAGGAGUUUCUGCAAUUUUUCUGCCUAGGAGGGGUGAGUCUGACCAUGGAAAAUAUCGAGACCGUCGUUCGUUUGGCUGACAAGUACGAUGUCCUCGAACAUGUUAAUGCGUGUGCCGUGUUUCUCAAACGUGAACUAACACUGGAUAACAGGUUCUGGGUUUAUCAAUUGGCACUGGCUCUCAAAAAUGAAGAACUGAUCAAGUUCUGCGAGGGCAAAAUCAUCAAUUCGCCGAAGGGUGUUUUCGCCACCGACGCAUUUAAACGCUGUGACAAAAGUACUCUGAAGCGAAUGCUGGAGCUGGAUUUAGUUUGCACAGAAGCCGAUGUAUUCUAUGCAUGUCUGGUGUGGGCCAAACACGCAUGCGAACAAGACGAUUUGGAUGCAACGUAA